AUGUCAGAAGGUCAUUAUGACAACAGAAGGAAUUCUGAAAACAGAAGGCCAAAAAAUAGACCCAAUUCUAGUGGGACCAGAGAUGACAACAGUUACGACGGAUCGUCAAGGAGACAAGAAAAUACUGUGAGAAAACUUCAUAAUUUAUUGGAAGACGACGAAAACAAUGAAGAUAUACAAGGGGAUUUAAAAGAAGAGGUACAAAAAAUAGAUGCUUUAAUAAUGGAAAUAACUGUGGAAAAUGAACAGGAUGCACUAGAAGCUGAAAUAGAAAGAUUUUAUACGAUGAAAAGAAGGGUGCGGUCGAUUAUAAAAGUAAAUAAGAGAUUGGAGGCGGAAGGAUGCAAGAAAGAAAAAAUAAUACUACCUCAGGCGAAGUUGCCCUCUUUUGAAGGAAGAUACGAGGCUUGGGGAACAUUCUUUGAUAUUUUUAAACAUUUGAUACAUGAGAAUAAUCAACUAUCAAAUGUGGAGAAAAUGCAGUAUCUGAAGACAAGCCUCCGAGGAGAAGCAAGUAGAAUAAUACAACAUUUAAACACAACAGAAGCAAACUACAGUGCUGCGUGGAAAAUGUUGAGAGAUCGGUACGAAAAUCCGAGGAUGAAUCUAUUUAUAUUAAUAGACAAGAUACUUCAGGCUGCGGAGAUAAAAGAAGCGUCAGCAAAGGCGCUUAAAAAAUUACAUGAAUGCUUAGAAGCGAUUACUGGACUAGGUAUAAUGACAGAGUCUUGGAGUCCUCUUAUAGCAAGGAUAAGCAUGUUGAAGUGGGAAGGGUUAUACAUAAGUUAUAUAUAA